CGCACGAUUUGUACAAUUGAGCUUGCUCUGACGGUUGCCGAAGCCGCGCGAGCAGCGACAGAUGGCAGAGUAGUUGUCUCGUUUCGGUCUGUAGACAUACUGUCUCGCCUUGGGCGGCAUAACGCUUGACAGGCUAGCCUGGUCACGCUCGUCCGUCGCGCUAUUACAGUCGCCGACGAAAUCAGCCGCUCGCUGCCGGCUCGAGAUGGUCUUAGGCCUGCAGCCGCGUAGCCUGCUUCUCGGCGCAGCUAUGGGCAUCAUUGCUGUCUAUCUCAGCACGACGCAAAAGAGUCGGGCUCCUCUCAGCUCAGUGUGGCAUCGUUCGCACAGUCUUCACCAUAACACUGACUAUGUGCCGCAAUUUGAUCAUCAAGCGAUGAGUGAAGUCCAGCACGAUGAAGCAGCAAGUCCUGUCCAAAGCGUCGUCGCAGAUGCUGUCAGACGACGCCAGAAUCCGCUUCAGUUGCGGCUCCCGGUGUAUUUCCUGCCGUCAGAGACGCCCCAGGCCGGACGGCGGACGCGAGAUCUCUGGGAGGAUACGGGCGCAGAGAUUGCUAAAACCCAUCCCCACGCUCUUCUGUUCGUCUCGCCCGACUUUGCAAGCUCGAGUGCACUCGUUAAGCUCCGCGUGUCUGACGGCACUCAUGACCUGGUCAAACGUAUACAAGCAAUGUUGGGCAGCGCAGAUGUUGACGUGCGAGUACCUCAUCUAACAGUCGCUGAGCAUGCGGUCUUGCGAGCAAUGUCUCUCCCGCAUCUGCCAAUCAUACAGCUAGCGCUUCCGAAUGUCAUGGAUUCGCAAGCAUUCCUGACUCUGGGCUCUCUGUUGCUGCCACUCCGGGAUCUACAGAUAAGCAUCAUCGUCACAGGACUUACAGCAAAUGGACGCGUGGCAUCGGCUUUGCCAACCUUUGAUGCCCAGUUGUCCCGCGCAAUCAUCGGAUCGUCCGGUUCAGUGCGCGAGCAGCAGGUUCGCGCUUUGCUCAAGACUCCCACUUUCAAGCAAGCACAAAUACACGCGACACAUGUGAAAGCACUCUUGUUCUCGAUUGGCAUUGCUGGCGAUGCGAUAGGGGCAAAAUUAUCUAUUGAGCACGAGCAGCAGAAGUCAUACGGCGCUUUUCGCUUCGGUCCUGCCGACGGUCGCAGAGAUGAUGACAUAUAAUGCAGGAUAUUGGUGUGCCGUCUUCUUAUAGCUUUAUCUUGAUCUCCAGCGGAUCCUUGC